AUGUCUUCCCCAGGUCUUCGAGCAUUGAGCCCAAUCUCUCUGAUUCUAGUUUGCCUGCAUGCCAGCCUCUUGUUUUUCGUUAAUUGCGGGUCAGUAGGCCAGGUUGAGGCCACUUCAAGCCCAUUGUCCAAGACCGAAAUGGGCCUCCAUAAUCACCCUGAACCUCUUAUGCACGGCCGAUUGUUUGAGAAUGACGAGGAGCUGGCACUGCUACAGACUGGUGAUCUGGAGCCUGAUGACGAGGCGGCUGGAUUCACUGAUCUAAUUCCGAUUGACGAUGUCGAUGGAGAACUGGAAAAACGCGGAGUCCGCCACUUUUGGAAACGAGGCGGUCGCCGUUUUUGGAAGCGAGGUGGAGGCCGCAGAUUUUGGAAGCGAAGUGGAGCACGCAGAUUCUGGAAGAGAGGCCCUAUUAGAGCCUUCUGGUAG